AUGUCUUCCUCCGAAGGAUACACAUUGCUAUAUGAGGGAGAUGAUCAAGCGAGUUCGGUAGUCUCGCCCAAUAACGAGCAAUGUGAAGCUUUAUGUCGCAAGAGAUGUAAGAAGGCACGGCAUUACGUUGCUUGGAGAACAACAUGCUACAUCGUCGCCGGUUUGCUUUCCACCCUCCUCGUGAUAUCCUUCUCUGUAGUGAUAUAUUCACGAAUGGAUCCGUACCUCUCCUUGCAUCGAGGCCGCAGUUGGUCCCCUGCCAUUGAUGUGCUUGACUACGAGCUUGUCCAAAUUGAUAGAUUAGGGACUUAUCGUCACAGUACUUACGCAGGGCCGCCAUCGCCAGAACAAGAUGAAGCAUGGGACAAACUGGUGCGACCCUCGUUUUUUCGGGCCUCUCGUGAGGAGAUGGAGCGUGCUGGAGAGUCUACGGAUGAUGCGGUGAAAAUAGCCGAUGGGGGAUAUGUCACCGAGCUUGGAGUGUAUCAUGAGCUACACUGCAUUCGACAUCUCAGAUUCUACCUUUACCGAGACCACUACUACCCAAACCUGACAAGUUCUCAACAAGAAUAUCUUUAUGUACAUCUCGACCAUUGUUUGGAAUCUCUAAGAAAAGUAGUCAUGUGUCAUGGGAAUAGUGCCUUGUAUUCAUUCAAGUGGCACGGCGAUAAUGAACCUAGGGCCGCGGUUAAGUCCAAUGCACGGUCGGUGUGUGUGAAGUGGGAUUCGAUUGAAUCCUGGAGUUAUUCGCGAACACUGCCGUACAAUUACCCUCUCCGAUGGUCUGGAAGUCCCGACGGCUUGGCAUGA